GAUGGAGAGAGGCUAUGUUCGUGUUAUACCUUCAAUAAAAGACAAUCGUUCUGGCCAAACGCAAGGGACUCCUGUGAAUCCAACGAUAAAACACUCGCAGUCAUGGAAUCAGAGCAGGAAUGGCAAUUUAUUACAAAUGAGAUUCAAAAUAAAUCAGGCAGCCGAUAUGAUGAAAGGUCUAUCGGCUUGAAAAAAAAUUCAGUGACGCGUAGAUGGACUUGGAUCAAUGGUAAAUCUUUGACUAUUGACAAAUGGCAUAAGGAGGGCAUCAAUCCUGACCCAAAUGACACUUACGGACUGAUUCAUAAGGAAUAUCCACCAGGAUUUAAAGGAUCACUUAGUACCUAUAGGGGCUACGUUAAAAGACAAUGGAUUUGCGAGGAAGAAACAGGUAUUGAUCAGUAGCACAAAAAGGGCAAUAAUUUGUGAAUCAAACGCUGUUGUUAUACACAGUUUUUUUCCUACAAGCUACCCUAACACCCCCCCAACACCCUUCCUCGUUCUUUAUCCCAACGUACUCUUUCUGAAGGCCGCCUAUUGCGAUUACAUUACUACUAAUAGUCCAUCACCAUCAGGGGAGUAGACCGUGAUCUUAGCCGCACAUUUACCUAAAGCUUUCUAAGUUAUAGGGACGUGCAAUUGAAACUUUAUCACUCAUUCUAUCACUCACUGAACCGGUAUCGCAGAAGUCAUGGGUUCAAAUCCCGUACAGACCUGAAUUUUUUUCAGGCCUUCCUUUCACUACUACUUAAGUAGUGUUCAUUACUGCGAAGAUUGCUACCAUAUUCACGUCUUUAACCGCAGUUCAAAUAUUUGACUUCCAUAUAUUCACAACCGUUUAUUCACUACUUCACGGGUUUAUUUGGAACCAACACAUUGACCAGCUCCCAGUUGGCUUGUUAGCUCAGUUGUUAGAGCACUACACGGGUAUCGCAGAGGUCAUAGGUUCAAGUCCCGUACAGGCCUGAAUUUUUUUCAGGCCUUCUUUUCACUACUACUUAAGUAGUGUUCGUUACAAUCGAUCGAAAGAUCCCUUUCAUAUUCAACUCGUUAUGUUUCUUUAACAGCUAUCUGUAAAGGGAUUUGCUUCGUACAUCAUGUUCCAAUAGCCACAAGUCCUCCUCGAACAUCAAAUGAGACCAAAGCUGUUACCACAGGUAAGAUCAUAUAUCGAUUGUUGAUUUUAAGGUAUGUAGACGAGUCAAAUCCAUAUUGUUGGUUUGUUAGCUUAAGGUUCGUCACUUGGUUAUAUGAGUAUUCAGUUAAAACAGCCAGAAGCACUUUUAAGGAUAUGUAUUAGCUUGUAUUCGAGACGCUCCGAGAAAAAAAGUUAAAAUUAAGUACCCUAAACACGUUAAAUCCAGCGACUUAAAAAACUGACUCUUACCACGGCGAAAUCAACAGAGAAAGUUCAGCCAAGGUUUCUUAUUCAUAUAGAAGAGUUUUCAAUUUUCUAAGGUCUACAAUCCAUGGGGAUUCCCUAUGCGAGACUUUCAAGCAGCCCUCUCUCUUUCCUCUACUUUCCAUAUGUUAUCCCGUUUCAGUAGGGUCAACCUAAUUAUCAGCUUACCCAAGGUUCUCCGACGACCACAUUUCCAGUAAUGACAAAGGUCGAAGACCUCAAGAAAGAUCCCAACUGCUUUUUUCUUUAUCUGGCAAUCGCUACUUUAGCAGCAUUAUUGUUUAUAGUGAUGAUCAUCCUUGCCGUGGUUUUGAUACUGCUACGAAAAAAACAACAAGAAAAAGGUACUUGGAUUUUAUUUGCAUUGUCCAUCAAAUUCAACGUGACAUGUAGCCAUCUGUAUCGUCAGGGCAAUUUAGAGGCAGGUUUGAUUUAAAUAUCAUUUAAUAUUGAUUUAAACCACAAUUCUAGAGAUGUAUAUGAAUGUAACGGGCAAGGAAGCUCAAUGUAAAUAAAAGUAGCGAGUGAAGGUGAAAAAAAAAAUUAACAACAAUGAUCAUAAAUAAAUAAUAAAAAAAAAUUAUAAUAGAACAAUAAAAUAAAUGCUGAGUUUUGGCGAAGAAAUAGAUUACACUCUCUAAGUCUAAAGUGUCCUGGACUUCGAUACAAUGCUGCCUUGUAAGACCGACUGGUUCUGGAAAAAUCAUACUUAAGGGAUCGUAAAAAUUACGCUACGACAAAUCUGAGUAAAAUAACCGUCCUAAAUGACGUGCUCAAAGGAAAUAGCUGGUCACACUACCAAUACGCUCCGUGACUACCUCCUGGCUCUCAAGUUGUUAAUUUGUCAACCGAGGUACCAAGUACAUGUAUGUUUGCAGUAAAAUACCGCCGGAUGAACCGACAAAUCGCGGGGAGUCUGACGUCAUUUUGUUUUUCCAAAAACUUAAAUUGAAACCUUUUGAAGAAACAAAAGUUGUUUAUUCCUUUGUUUGCUACUAACGGUGGUACUUGAUUUUAUCCACUAGCUUCAAGAAACAAAGCUGUCAAAAUGUAAGUUGCUUCUGUGUCACUCUUAAUCGACAUUUAUUCAGUCCAAGUGCACAUGUAAAUUUAGGCCGAGUGUAUCUCUUAAACAAAACAUAAAAAUUUGUGAUUGGAAGGAAUAAAAUUCCUUAAAACAGGUUUUAAGGAGAAGAACGAGGAAAUCUUAUUCAAAUGUUGAUAUAACCAGUGGCACAAAAUUUUAAUUUUUCGCUUUUGAUGGGCUGAAACCAGAUUUUUCAUGCCCAUCGAUGCAGAAACCGUCAUUCCUAUCGAUUUAAUACCAGAGUAGAUUUGGCGAUUUCACGAAGGCAAUAGACUGUAACUAGAGUACAGGGAACCCAAGCUGUUUAUGAGAGAACAGUAUUAUCAUGUUUUAAAUGGCUCUGCUCUGGAACUCCGUAGGUUUUCUAACAAGUUGAGUAGAUAGCUAUUCAUGAAUCUCCGCCAAAUAAAUAUGGGGUGCUGCUCGUUGUUUGUUGUUUAAUGUUUCAAAAGUUUGUCUGUCUUCCUGUUGCCAGUCAGUCUAGUUGCAUUUUCAAAGGUCAUUAGUGAUGAACCUGGACCUUCUCACUUUUUUCUUUCUGUUUGUUUGUUUGUUUGUUUUUUUUUUGCUCUCAUUAUACAGAAAUCAGCGUGAAUUUCAAGAGAGCUUGCCAUUGAAUGUUUUGAAUGUUGAUGCCCGGCUAGAGUUUGCUUCGGACAAUGGAACCGGGAUUGAGGGGCUCCAGAGUGAACAGCUUGUCCAACAGGAGGGUAUAUACACCGAGCUGUUACCGGAGUCGAUGAUGGUAAUUAUACUUACAACGAACUUGAAGUUACCCAAUAUGAGCUUUAUAAAAAAAGGGACUAUAGUAUGUGCCUUACUUCCUUUAUUUUAACUUUUUAGCUGUUCCUCUGGAUGUUUGCUCCCUGCAUCGCCCCUUUCCCUGCGCUUAUAUAUUGCCUCUCUGACGCACCUUGACUGUGGUCUUUUGACAAAAAAAAUUUUUCCAUAUUAUAUAAGUCUGAUUGUUUAAUCUAUUUACCAUUAUUAUUCAUCAAAUUUUAUUCAUCCGUUUAUGUCCUUACUUUCCUUUAUAUCUAUUUUAAACAUCACUUCUUUUCAGGAAUGGCGGGUGAAGGGGUCUCAUUUGGAAAUAGGCAAUAAGCAUAAGAUUUAAGCGCAGUAUCUUAUAAAACCUUCACUAGAAACGCAUUUGAACGAAUGUCUAAUUUUCACUUGGCAGCGUUUAUGGUUUCGUUCAAUUUUUUUUUUUUUCAUUUGAUUUGACGAUCUUAGUCGUGUUUUCAGCGUUACCAAGCCUAUCAAGUCGAUUAUAACAUGAUUUUUGUAACAAAUAAAACUGAAUAUUUUGCAGACCUCUGAAAACGAUGGUUCCCGAACGUACACUCCCCUUGUGAAAUCAACAGAAGACAGUGACAUUGAAUAUGUGAAUCAAAUACCUGCUCCUGAUUAUGUUAAUGCUUGUUGAGUGGAUUUUUCGUAAUUAAGAUGAUAAUCGCCUAAAAAGCUGAAGUAAACAAAAUGUCGAUGGUAUGUGUCUCUGCAAAGCCACAAUCCCUCCCCCCCCCCCCAUCAUGCAAAGGCUUAAAUAAAGAUGAAUACACUAUUAUCCUGUCUUGCAGUGGUUGUGCUAUUUCAACACAUCGGUAUGUUACUGUCGAGUGUAAGAAAUUGUGAAAGGAAUCGUUGAGAAUUCUAAAGUUCAUGACGGACGAGCUCUUGAUCGAAUGUCUGGUUUCAUUUUUUAGCUGUUUUCUAGAUAGUGGCGAUUAAUUUUAGAUCAUGAAUCAAGAGAAUUGCGAGAUAACCCUCGAGGUAGAACGUGUUUUGACCGUUUAUAACAAGUAUUUAUCAAGAGCGACGGACAAGGAUGGCAUAAGCAUAAUUAUUUUUUUUUGAGAAGGAAAUAGUAGAUGGUAAUGAUCAAAUUAAUGUGUAUUGAAUAAUGUUGGCUUAACAAUCAUGUCAAAGAACCCCAAGUCCUUCACUAGCUUUCAUCUAGUUGUAGAUUUAAAGCUGUUUCCUUUGUGUAUAUCGCGUCAGUAUAGGUGUGUUGAAUUGGAAAAUUGAUGAAUUUGCACAAUAUACUGACACUCGCUUUAUUCAGUGUUUUUAAUAUAUUACACUCCUUGCUUGUUCAAUUGAAAACCAAGGGAAUUCAAAAAAAUUUAAAGGUUUUUAGAUAAUUAAUAUAACUUUUAGCGCCCAACAGCGAUACUGAACAUGCGAAUCAAAUACCUACUUCUGAGUAUGUUAAUGCUUGAGUGGAUCCGAAUGCAUCCAAAACUAACCUUAGUUAAAAUAUGUCAAACUAUCCAAAAGGCCACAGACCAUGUAAAUGAAUAAGAGAGAGAGAGAGAGAAACAGGAAGAUGGCUGAAGGGGAAAAAAAUCCUCAGUUGAAGCUUUUUCAUUAAUUGUGUUGCAAAGUUUCCAAGACAAUCCCUGACCCUGACGACCUCAAUCCCGCCAGAAAAGCUUUAAAAGAACAUUUCCGAAAAAUUAUCCAAUGAGUUUGUACGAAAUACAACCCUGCUGUAUCUGAAAUAAACCAGAGCACAUUUCUUCGCUUUGAAUAAAUUGGCUUAAGAGAAAAGCCAAGAGACUGUGUUGUUUUCCUCAUCUUAAAUUUCUCUAUUUCAUUCUCUUGUUCUUGAUUCGAUACUUGAUCAAAUACAACAGCUAUGUAUUAAUCUUAAACACAGUUUAUAGUCUCUGUGUCUGCAGAAUUCUCAGUCUGAUGAUUUGUUUGAAUGCUGUGUCGUAAUAGAAGACAAGGGUUUCAAUUCCCUCAUAGUACGUUAGUACGUUCCCGUGUAGUACGCGGUUACUACAGGAUCGAUAUUAAGAGAACUAUUUAGUCUAUGUACAAAAAUCUAGAUAAAUAAAUGACUGAUAACAUAACUGUUUUUACUUUGUUUAUCUAAUUCACAUGCAAGUCGUGGUAAUUACUCGUCCAUCCAUCAGCCUGAUCUCUUGCCGAACUUUCCGCUUAUUCUUCCCAUGUCACACCUUGAAUGACCGGAAAUAUCUUUUAGCUGGUCAUCCAAGUGCAACUUUUACUUUCGUGACGUUUCAAACUUUUUCAUCCAAAACGUGUAGGCCUAGGACGAUGAAUUUAGCGAGGAUACAUGUAUUGAUCAUGCUUGCAAUUGACUUGUUACUGUCGAGAACUGGUAAGUGAAAAGAAAUUGAAGAUAAUCCUUAAAGACUUCACAGGUUUUUAUGUAUGAGAUCGAAUCUGAUAUCUUGCGCAUCCAACUCCUUACAUUGCAAAAUUUACUACCAAGAUGACUUGCAUUUAUAAAAAAUGAUUGGUAAAUAAUAUUUUGAUGUCUUUAGAGGAGAAUUCUCUCGCAUUUUACCUUCAUACACUUCACAUUACACAACGAUGGUCGAUUGGAUUGAAAGGAAGUAGAGGCUUCGAUUCCAUAAUGGAAAUAGAUCCAUGUUUUAUUGAUCCGUUGAAACGACUUUCUCGAAUUUUGAAAUUUGAACAGCUUUCAUUUAGUCGUUGCUAUGGAGCUGUAUGUCUUAUAUACAUCGCGACAGGUCUCUUUAAUGAUUGAAAAUAUCGUGCCACGACCGUUGUCGAACAUGGCAGAUCCACAGAACACAGGAUCACCAGAAAGGCAUUUGGGCACUUCACAGAUUUUUUUUCGCCUUGACAGACUAACACUUCAAUAUUUGAGAAUGAAUUAAAAUACCUUGGGUGAAAAAAAAUUUAAAAAGAAAGAAAGGAACAAAAUAUAUGAAGCAGUCUACCCCCGCCAAGUACACACUUAACCCCCAUCCUCCCUCAUCCCGCCCCAAUUGCACGAAAAGGCGGUUCCUCAGAAUAAAUGGACAUCAAAAAUGCAGUUUUCCAAAGUGAGAGGGGCGCUUCUCAGGCACUUUGUACCCUCCCGAGGUCUUGCUCGCCUUGGAAGACCUAGCUGAUCACCAUCCUACUCCUACUACUUUACGACGUCUACCCACUACCCACGAUCCGGGACAUUAAGCUACACUCGUGUAACGUAAAUGUGGGAUGAUACCAUCGUAUCAAAUAUUUCGGGCGGAAGGUGUGAAGGUUUGCUAGAUAAAUUCGUAGUUUUUGUUUUCAUCAAUCAUCUUUGUGAUACUUAUUUUUUUUAACGAAAUGUAUGUAAAUAAAAAAGAUUUGAGGAAUCAUUGAAUAGUAUUUUACAUUUCAUUGUGAUCGCCUGCUUUGCUAACCGACGUUUAUCCGAUGUGGUUCUCUCAAACCCAGAUUUUUCAAGGCCAGGGGUUGUAAAACCUUACUUUUCAGUAAUACUGUAAGAUCCUGAUUUGAGACUUUUGGCGUGUGUAUGAAGUGUGGUUGUACUAUCGCCGCAAUUCUUCUGCUAUUCCAUCUAAAUGAAAUCUAAAUAACCCAGAUCUCCUUCAGACAAGUAGUGUUUCUUUAAUCUUUCUGCCUUGCUUAAGACUGCAGAUGACAAAUGAAAUAAAAAAAAAACGAAUAAAAACAUGGAUAUAUGAAUAGGUAAUGACCUUGUUGAUUAAUGUAUGAAUGAUUGUGGCGAUCACCCUCUAUCAAGUCACGUGUUCGGUUGUAAUCCUUGGCUUCACGAAAACUUGCUGUAGUUUUUUUUAAAGAUCAGAAAGUUCAAACUAAAAGUUCAAUUCGUGAUCCAUGCUCACACACUUCAUUCUUCCCCCUCCCCACCCCUUUCUUGUUGUUAAUUAUUGAUAGAGCGAAAACAACAUAUUUGUAAGUUGUUUUGUUUUUUUUUUGUUUCUUGAUAGAUGAAGAGAGGCUUUGUUCAUGCUGUAGCUUUAUUGAAACAGAGCAGGAAUGGGAAUUUAUCGAAAAUGCGAUUCAUAACCGAGAAGGCAGUGAAUGUGGUGAAUGGUUUAUUGGUCUUGAGAUGAAUAUAACAUCAGUUAAUCGGACUUGGAUCAAUGGCGAACCUCUGACUAUUGACAAAUGGGAUAAGUCAAGUCCUGAACCAAAUGACUUUUAUGGGAUGAUUCAUGAGGAAUUUCCACCUGGAAUGAAAGGAUCUUUUAGCACAAUUACAAAGAGGAUUAGCACCGUACAAAGAGGAUGGAUUUGCGAGAAAGAAUCAGGUAUUGAUCAGGAUCAGAUAACAGAACGAUUUUAGCUUUAUCAAACAUUAUUAUCAUGCAUGAAUCUGAAUUAACUGUAGGCUGCUUUUGCGCUCUCCUUCCCACCCUUUAUCUGUUCUUUUUCUCAUCUUACCCUUUUCGCCUAUUUCGAUCACCUCAUACGAAGGCUCAUCAUCUUCAGUGGAACAGUUCCCGUGAUACCAGCCACUUUGAUAAAAGUUUAUAGAUAAAUUAUUGGGAACCCCUUAGAUAAUGUACUGAUUCGUAGCUAGCUAUGGGAAAGCUUGAGAAACACUACAUUUCCGUCUAAUCAAAUUGCCACUCCACAAAUGUCUACCUAGAAACAGUGUCAAUUUUCAUGUUCCUAUCACAGACAAUUGUCGAGGGGUCUGUUUCCUCCAUCCUUUUCCAAGAAGCACAAAUCCUCCUGGACCUAUAACUGCAACAAAAAUUGUUACCACACUAGGGAAGACGUCAACCGAACAGGAUAUCGCUGGUGUAUCAGGUAAGAUCGCCGAUUGAUUGACAAUUUUGAUUGACUGAGGAUAUAUAAAAGAGUAACUUCCAUGCGUUAGCCUAGUUUUGUUUGCUUUUUUCCUUCCUGUUUCACUUCGACUUGUCUUUUCAUGUUUUUGUUUCGUUUGAUUGUUCUGUUUGUAUGCUUCUUUGCUUGUUGUUGUUGUUUUGUUUUUGUGUGUGUGGCAGAGCUUAAGGGACCUCUUUGCAUUUGAUAUUGGUUUUCCUUGUUUUCGUUCUUUUGUUCGCUUGAAGGUUGGACAGUCGGUAAAGAAUUUGCCGGAUCAUUCAGGGGCACUAUUUAGGAUAGAUAUUAUAAUCUCUUGAUACAUCACGAUUAACAUCAUUAGAAAUUUGAAAAUACAAAUGCAUUUAAUCCAGGAUCUUCAAUAACUGUGUUCAUACCAACCAUGGUAAUCACAAAUGACAACAGCAGUUCACUGCCCACAGUACUGAUAAUUGCCGCUUCCUCAGCAGCAGUGUUCUUCGUAGUGUUGAUCAUUCUUAUUGCAGUUAUAUUAUUAAGGCGAAGGAAUCGUCAACGAAAAGGUAAAGAAGUUCGACAUUAACGAUAAUUAAUUGCCUUUGACUUCUCAAAUUUUAUUUCCUUUGCCGAUUUCGUGCUUUUAAGCGUUGUCGUAUUGAAAAGCAGCACUAAAUAUGUAAUAAGAUGUUCGCAAAAUAUUGAAACUACAGGUUUACGGGUGAUCAUUGUUUAGACACAAAUCUUUGCGAUAACAGAAACAUUCUGCUUAAUUUUUACCACUGUUACAGUGUGGCAAGACAUAAACCUGUCUUUUUUACAUGCAGUGAUAAUCAAAGUCAUGUUUUCUAAAUGCACAUCUUUUUAGAUGCAGAAAGCACAGUGUCGAAAGAAUAAUCGUUAGUAUCUAUUUCCUUUUUCUGAAGCGCUUUCCCACUGGUACUUAUUGAGUGGUUUAAGGUAAUACUAGUAUUUGAGCUAGCGCUGAAAGUCGUAUCCUCUUGUUGCUAUGAUUAUUGCUACUUCCUCUUUCCCUAGAAAAAAUGCCAAUCCAUAGCAAGGUUACCCCUCCUCCUCAGGUCCACCUAUUAAACGUGAUUGCACCAAUCUAUACUCCUGGAUGGAUAAAGCUAGUCUAAAGCAUCUCUGCAAACUCAAACCCAGACCUUCAGACCCGAAUCCUUCAGCGCACAAACCCCGUAUGCUCUACACUAACCAAAAGAGUGCACAUGUUAUAUUGAGUUUUACCUAAAAAAAGAAAAAAAAACGUUUAAAUUUGAGUCGAAUCGUUGCUUGGAGGCGUUGCUUACCUUGACAAGUUAUUAGUGCUAUCGUUUGGUAGAAGAUAAUAUAAUUGCUCGUUCAGGAGUUUCUCCGUGGUCCAUUUUUUUCCAAAUUGUAUAAAGCAUGAAUUUACUGCUUUACAAAUAAAAUUUUGAAACAAUUUGAGGCUAUGAAAUCAGUGAUCCUCUUGUGAAAACCCCUGAUUUCUUUGAAGUUCGUUGCCCAAACAUCAUUUAGCAACAAAGGCACUUGUAAAAACAAAUUUAGACUGAGUUAAUUCCAACAAAAGUGAUGUUCAAAGAUAUAUGUCAGUGGCAUCCACCUCCGUUAUUGAUGGGCAAGACUACCUCCCUCGCCCAAGAGCAUGAGACAAAAUGAGGAAAUAUCAUCUCUGCAUUAACCACGGCGUUUGAUAGUAACGAAAACAAAACGUCUCUAAGCGUUUUAGCUGAUAUGUUUCCUAAAGAUUUUACGGAAGAGAAAAUUUGUCAAUUUGACAAGGGUAAUCGACCGCUGCUUAAGCCCGCAGCAAGAGGUGCUCAACGCUGCUCUUAGAGUUUUUGUCAAGUUGAUUUGAUACCUUCCUAAUUGCCUGCUGAACAUGGCGAGCUUUUCCCUGCUUUAUUUUUUGAACUUCUGUUUGGUUGUCUUACUGCUAGCAGUCAAUGUAUUUUAAUUUUCAAAUGCAAUUGAUAGCUAGCUUCCCCUGUUUGCUGUUUUCUUUUUGUUUGUUUAUUGGUAACCCGUCUCUACACAGAAAUCAGCGCGACUUUCAAGACGGUUUGCAGUUGAUUAAUUUGAGUGGUAGUGCCCAACCCAGUUUUUUCGCGGGAACUGAAACCAGGAAUGAGAAGCUCCAAACUGAACCUUUUGUCCAACAGGAGGGAAUAUAUACUGCGCUAUGUCCUCAGUCAAUGAUGGUAAUUAUACAUAAAAUGAAACGAAAACUACCCAAUGUGGUCCAAAUGUGAUUUUCGAAAAACAAAAAAAUUGAAUGAAUAAUUUUCCAACCAAUAAAACUGUCUAUUUCGCAGACGCCUGAUGAGGAUAAUUCACGAACAUACGCGUCGCUUGAUGAAUCUAAGAGAGAAGCCAAAGACAUUGAAUAUGAGAAUUUAAAACCAGCUCAUGGGUAUGUUAAUGCUUCACCAUCAGAAAACGUGUGAAAAGCUAUGGUGGAUUGUUUGUUAGACAUUUUGCGUUAAUCCAGGAUAAUAAAGUUGUGAUAAUAAUGUAAACUAAAUUUGAUAGCACUUUUGGUGAAAGUUUAUUUCAUGGUGGCAAUCGAGCCCACAGGUUUUCCUCCCUGCUCAAAAACCUUUGUAUUCUUAAAAUUUCGUUUGAAAUCGUUCCUCAAAUUAAUCAAUAACUAACCUUGAUUUGCUUCCCCUUUUUUGUUUUUGUUUUUUGUUUUUAUUUGUUUAUUUAGACUCCAACGUAAACCGUUUGUACAACGGGAAGGUGUAGAUACCGCACUGUGUGCAAUGAUGGUAAUUUCGCACAAAAUUAAUUAAAUCACCUAAUUUGAUUUUUCAACAUUAGAUUACGAAAAAAUUAAAUAUAUAUUCAAAAAAAGAAAGAAAAUCCGAAACGUCUAAGUGUUUUCAAACUACCAGCUACAUCUAUCUAUCUAUUCCCUAUAUUAUAUUCCCCUAUAUAUCUAUUUAAACAUUACAGUUUUCUGGGGAAACAUCACAUUAUAGAAGUAGAGGUAGAGGGGUCUCAUUUACAAACAGGCAUUAUGUUUCACAACCAGUAGUCUAAACUUUUAGCCGUAUUUUUGCCAAAGAGUCUAUAUCGUCAGAAGGAAUCGAGAGCACAGUUCGAUAAACCUUGUCUGUCAAGUCGAUAAAACCAUCAGUUUUCUCACAAAUAAAACUGAAUAUUUUGCAGGCUCCAGAAGACGAAGGUUCCCGAACUUACACAUCUACAGGGGAAGACGGCGACAUUGAAUAUGUGAAUCAAAUACCUACUCCUGAGUAUGUUAAUGCUUGAGUGAGUUGUUCGGGAGACGAGUGGCGCUAAUUUAGGAUUAUAAAGCUGACAUAAAAAUGAUAAAAUUAGAAAUAUUGCGUGUUAAGCCAAAAUAAAACCUGCGUGACAUAAUCGAGCGCAGGUCCCACCAGAAGUGGGGGAGAGUUUUCAAAAUUUAAACCAUCAAAUCAUUUACAAAGUCAUGAACAGUUAAAAAAAAGGGAGUGUGAAAAAAUUAAGAUUAUUUCAAUGAAAAGUAGAGAUGUGCGUAACAAGCCAAAACAGAGUCUGCGUGACAUAAUGGAGCGCAGGCCCAUUUUAUUGUUUUGUUAUUGUUGUUGUUGUUGCUGGUUUUUUUUUCGUUGUUGUUGUUUUUUUUGCCCCAAAACUCCAUGUAGUCCUUUCACCGCUGUGUCGAGGAGUGUUGUGAAGUGCCGACAUGGACGAAGGCGAGAGAGAUCGAGGUACGUUUCAUUCUUCAAUCAGCGUGGGGGCAUUGCGGCUUUCGUUUUGACGAUUUUGGCUAUUUUAAAUAUCCGAUUUUCGGUUUUGUGCCAAAAAAACUUUGGUUUUUCGGUUUUCUUGUUCAUUUUGAUUUACGGAUAUUACGCGAUUUAGCAUUUGGUUUUCGGUUUUCGUCAAAAAUACAAACGGGUUCUCGGAAUUUUUUCGAUUUGUCUUCGAUCUGAGCGGCAAUGAAGCCCCUCCGCUGGUCUCAAAAAAACGCGAAACGCAGAUGUUAUUGAGAGGAAUGCGUAACAAACCAAAUGUAUUGAAAUAACCUCUAGUUGGUGAAAUUUCGUUGCGAUUCUUGGGAAGGUCACGCAUCUAGGUCGAUUAGUUUGCGAACUAUGGCUUACAACGAGCCUCACGGAAAACGGAAAAAGCUCAAGGAGAAGAAGCAACUGAGAACUAUUUCGUGAUUUUCUCAACUGACCGAGGAAAUGAUACGUGAUGGUGAAGCCUGCGCCCCAUUAUGCCACGCAGACCUAAUUUUGACUUGUCGCGUUAAAUUUCAAAUUUCAAAUAACAUGAUUCGAUCCGUGAUCCGAUCCGUGAUCCAAUCCUUGAUCCGAUCCUUGAUCCGGUCCGUGAUCCGAUCCGGUCCGAUCCAGUAACGAUCGCUCAUAUUCCUAGCGUGACAAAAUGACGUCAUGCAGAAAGCAGUGUAUAACUUAACAGUGGGAUGAUACCAUCGUUUCAAACAUUUUGGAUGUGAAGCAUGAAGGUUUGAUGGAUAAAUAUGCAGUUUUGGUUUUCAUCAUAAUCAUCUUCGCGAUGUUUACUUUUUCGACAAAUAGUAAGUAAAUAAAAAAGAUUUGAAGAAGUAUCGAAUAGUACUGUACAUUUAAUUGUGAUCACCUUCUUUGCUAGCGGACGUUUAUCUGAUGUGGUUGUCUCCUACCCAGAAUUUCCAGGGCCAGGCAGUUCUAAAACCCCACUUUUCAGUUAUGCGGUAGGAUGUGGGUAUGCGACUAUUGGCUUGUGUAUGGAGUGAGAUUGUGCUAUCACCGCGAUUCUUCUGCUAUUCCCACUAAAUCUAAACAACUAAGGUCUUCUUCAGACUGGUGGUCUUUUUCGAAUCCGUAAGUCUUUCUUACGACCACAAAUGAAUAACGAAUAAAAAAAUGAAUAUAAACAUGGAUAAAUGAAUAGGUAAUUAUCUAUUCAUGAUUAAUGCGCGAGUGAUGAUGGUGAUCACCCUCUACCAAGUCAUGCGUUCGGUUGUAAUCCAUGGAUCAGAAAGUUCAAUCCGUAAUCCAUGCUCACACACUCCCCUCUACCCCCUCCUAUUAUUGAUUAUUGAUAGAGGUUAAAAAAACAUCUUUGUAAUUUGUCUUGUUUUUUGUUUCUUAGUAGAUGGAGAGAGGCUUUGUUCGUGUUACAGCUUUAAUAACCAGUCAUUUGGUAAGGCGUGGCCACAAGCAAAUAGCAUCUGUGAAAAACACAACAAAAGCCUUGUGGUGAUGGAAACAGAGUAGGAAUGGGAAUUUAUCAAAAAUGCGAUUCAAAACCGAGUAAGCAGUAAACAUGGCGAGUGGUUCAUUGGUUUGGAGCUCAAUGUAACAACAGGGAAUUGGACUUGGAUCAAUAGCAAACCGCUGACUAUUGACAAAUGGGAGGAUUCAAGUCCUGACCCAAAUGACUUAUACGGGAUAAUUCAUGAGGAAUUUCCAGCUGGAAUGAAAGGGUCUUUUAGCACCAUUCAAGGCGAUGUACAAAGAGGAUGGAUUUGCGAGAAAGAAUCAGUUAUUGAUCAGGAUCAGAUAAAGGAAAUGAUUUUACCUUUAUCAAAAAUUAUUGUCAUGCAUUAAUCUGAAUUAGCCUCAGGCUGCUUUUGCCUUUCCUUUAUCACCCCUUAUCUUUUCUUUCCCACCUUACUUACAACUCUCCCAACUUUACCCUUUCCGGAAUCCGCCCAUUGCGACCACCUCAUACUGAAGGCAUAUCAUCUACUGGGGAAAAGUUCCCGUAAUACCAGCCCCUUUAAAAAAGCUUUAUAGAUAAAUUAUAAGAGAACCUACUAGAAAUGUAUCGAUUCGUGGCUAUGGGCCAGCCUAAAAAUAAUACAUUCUUACCCAAUCGCAAUGUCACCCCACAAAUGUCUUACUAGUGAGUGUCAAUUGUCAUGUUCCUUUAACAGACAAUUGUCGAGGAGACUGUUUCUCACAUCCUGUUCCGAGAAGCACCAGUCCUCCUGGAACAAAAGCGUUUACUACAAAAGUCAAGACGUCAAUAGAACAGGAUGUCACUGAUGUAUCAGGUGUAUCUAGUUUAAGAUAUGUGAAAGAGCAACUUUUAUGAAGUAGCCGAAGUUUGUAUGUUUCGUUUUGAAAUUUUGAAAACAAGUCGAAACGGUCUCUAUUUGUUUCUCUUUUUCACUGUUUAGAUCGUCUUUUUGUCUGUAUUUUUAUUUUUCAGAGGAAAAAAGAUUUGGCCUCCCGGUGGUUUUCCUUAUUUGUAUGUUUUAUUAUUGUGUCUCAAGCUAAAAUCAAUAUUAAAAGCCAGCAUCACUAUUUAGGUUUAACUGUAUCAUGAUUCGUGUGCAUGUGAACAAAACUUUUAAUACAAUGAUAUAAUAUCUAGGGUCUUAAACAAUUGUCUCCAUCCUUACCACGGCGAAAUCAACAGACACCCUUACCACGGCGGAUGACAAGAGCAGGUCUUCCCCUACAGUAAUGUUAGUGGUCGCAUCUUUAGGAGCAGUGCUCUUCGUAGCGUUGAUCAUUCUCAUCAUAGUCAUUUUAUUAAGACGAAAGAAACGU